AUGUCAUCACCUGCAGACGAGUCGUGCCCAGUGUUACAAGCUAAUAUUUUCUCUCAAUUGUUUUACACUUGGAUAUCUCCUUUAUUAAGAAAAAGUCAUAAACAAGGUGUAUUAGAAUUGAAUGAUCUUUAUGCUCUACCACCUUAUCUUAAAUCAACUGAUCUUACUGAUAAACUUGAAACAAAUUGGUUUGAUGAAGUAAAACGAUGUCCGAAAAAUCCAAGUCUAAUUCGAGUUACAUUACGUACUUUUGGAUGGAAACCAAUUCUUCGUGGUGUUUUAGCAUUGUUACAUGGAAUGGCUCAGAUUACUGUAUCAUUAUUAUUUACAUUUCUCAUGGGUUUUUUUGAACCAUGUUCUUCAAUGCCUGCUUGGCAUGCUUGGCUUCUAGCUAUAGCAAUAAUAUUAAUUCCAUUAUGUGCCAGUCUUACUAUUCAUCGACAUUUUUAUCGAACUGACAUAUAUGCUCUACAAAUAUCUGCAGCUUAUGCAGGUUUAAUUUAUCGUAAAGUACUACGUUUAUCAAGUCAUUCAAUAAAUACUAUCACAUCUGGUGAAAUUACUAAUUUAUUAUCUAAUGAUUGUAACACAGUUCAAUUAAUGCUUUUUUUUAUCAAUUAUUUGUGGGUUGCUCCUUUGCAAACCAUUUUCAUUACCAUCGUAUUUUGGCAUUUUAUUAAAUAUAUUGCUUUUAUUGCUAUAGCAUAUUCAGUUUUUCUUCUUCUUGUUCAACCAUUAUACACCCGUAUUUUUACUCAUUUACGUACGAAAAUUCUCCGAGUCACUGAUGAACGUAUAAAAAUAAUGUCUGAAAUAAUCCAAUCAAUGCGUAUUGUAAAAAUGUAUUGUUGGGAAACAGCAUUUAAUAAAAGAAUUUGUCAUCUUAGAAAACGAGAAAUACUUCAAUAUACUUUAUAUUCUUUAGUUGAUUGUAUUCAAAUUUUACUUUCAAAUAAUUCUACUAAUAUAUCUUUACUCAUCACAUUUGGAACAAUGUGGUUACUUAAUAUACAAUUUGAUACACGUUUCUUUGUCAUUGCUUGUUGUAUAUUAAAUUUUAUGAGAAUAUAUGUAAUUGAAUAUUUUUCUUUGGGUAUUCGAUUUCUUGCUAAUUAUUUAGCUGCUCGAAAAAGAAUUGAAUCAUUUCUAUCACUUGAUGAAUAUGGACAAAAUAAUCGAUUGUUAUCAUCAUCGAAUGAGAGAGAAACAGUUAAUAAUGAUAACAUUGAGAAAAAUAUACAAGUGAUAUGUAAUUUAAAACAAGCACAAUGGCAAAAAAAUGGAUUAUUUGUGUUAAAAAAUAUUAUUUUCGAUGCUCAUCCAGGUGAUUUAAUAUGUAUUAUUGGACCAGUUGGAUCAGGCAAAAGUUCACUUUUACAAACAUUAACUGAUGAAAUUACUUAUUUCGAUGGUGAAAUUCAAUUGGAUGGAUCAUAUUGUUAUGUACCACAAGAAGCAUGGAUCUUUUCAUCGACAAUUAAAAAUAAUAUUCUUUUUGGUAAAGAAUACAAUCAUUAUUUAUUCCAACGUGCUGUACGUGCUACUGCACUUGACACUGAUUUUAAACAGUUAUCUAAUGGUGCUAAUACUCUUGUUGGUGAUCAUGGUGUGAUGUUAUCUGGAGGUCAAAAAGCACGAGUGAAUAUGGCACGAGCACUUUAUCAUAAUGCUGAUAUUUAUCUACUAGAUGAUCCUCUUUCUGCUCUUGAUGUUAAAGUUGCCAAACAUCUUUUUGAAAGAGCAAUCAAACGUUAUCUUCGUGAUAAAGUUUGUAUAUUAGUCACUCAUCAAAUACAAUUUUUACAAGAGGCAACAAAAAUUAUUGUUCUUCAUAAUGGUGAAAUGAUUCAAAUUGGUACAUAUAGUGAAUUAAUUUCUUCUUCAACUUCAUUUUCUUAUUUACUCGAUGAUAGUCAUCAACAAAGACUAGGAAUUUCAAAACAUAUUCAAAAACAACAAUCAACAAUCAGUACAAUAUAUUCAGAAAAAGGAGAUGAUGAUGAAGAAGAAUUAAUGACAAAUAUUGAUACAAAACAAGAAGGAUCUGUUAAAUGGAAUGUUUAUAGUUCAUAUAUAAGAGCUGGUCUUGGUUGUAUUUUUGGUUUUUUCUUUAUUUUACUCAUUUUAGUUGCACAUCAAGCUAUCCUUUUAUAUAGUAGUUGGUGGUUAGCAACAUGGAGUGAUGAUGAAAGUCGUCGAUAUAAAACUUUUAAUCAAUGUACAUCAAUUACUAAUAAAAAUAUGAAUAAUUUAUAUUCAAUGACUGAAAAUGAAUGGAAUGAAUAUCGUAAUCGAAAAUUUUAUAUUUAUUGUGGUAUAACAAUAUUACUAUUAUUAUUAACUUUCUUAUGUACAUUUACAUUGAAAUUAAUGUGUUUAAAUGCUGGACGAGUACUUCAUAAUAAAAUGUUUCAACGAAUAAUUCGUUGUCCAAUUUUAUUUUUUGAUAUGAAUCCAAUUGGUCGAAUAUUAAAUCAUUUUACAAGAGAUGUUGCUAUGAUGGACACUGAUCUAUCAAGAGAUGUUCCAUUAUUUUUACAAUGUUUGUCUUCAGUUGUGGGAGUACUUGCCUUAGUUGGAUUAAUUAAUGCUUGGUCAUUUAUUUCAGGUGUAAUAGGAAUUAUUGGAUUGUUAGUUAUACGUUAUCGUUUUGCUCGAUGUUUUCGUGAUUUAAAACGAAUUGAAGGUAUAACACGAAGUCCUGUUUAUUCAUAUUUAUCAUCAACUAUUCAUGGAUUAAAAGUUAUUCGAUCUCAUUAUGCUGAAAAAAUGUGUUCGAAAGAAUUCCUUUCUUAUUUUGAUGAUAAUACUCGAGCUAAUUUUUUUAUUGCAAUAACUGAAAGAUGGGCAGCUUUACGUUUUGAAUGGAUAACAUUAAUAUUUCUUGGUCUUGUUACAUCAUUUGCUAUACUUGUACGGCUUUAUCACAAAGAAUUUUCAACUGCUGCUAUUGCUCUUAUGCUUUCUUAUAGUUUUAGUUUAAUGGGACUUCUUCAAUGGACAAUUAGACUAUCAGUAAGAACUGAAACUGAAAUGACAGCUGUUGAACGAGUAUUAGAAUAUUGUUCACUUGAUCAAGAACCAGCUGCUCAAGUUCUAACUAAAUAUCGUCCACCAAAUAAUUGGCCAUUACAAGGUCAAAUUGUAUUUGAUAAUGUUUCUUUGAAAUAUUCAAAUGAUGAAUAUUCACCAUUAGCUUUACGUAAUAUAACAUUAACGAUUGAAGGUGGUGAAAAAAUAGGUAUUGUCGGAAGAACUGGUGCAGGAAAAAGUUCUUUUAUUCAAACACUUUUUCGUAUGGGAAUACUUGUUAAUGGUCAAAUUGAAAUUGAUAAUAUAAAUAUAACAACAAUUGGAUUAGAUGAUCUUCGAAGUCGUAUUUCAAUAAUUCCACAAGAUCCAAUUCUUUUUUCAGGUACAAUUCGAUAUAAUCUUGAUCAAUUUAAUAAUUAUUCUGAUGAUCAAAUAUGGAAUGCAUUAGAAGAAGUACAAUUAAAAACUUUAGUUAAUAAUUUAAUGUCAGAUGGACUUGAUUCAUUAAUUACUGAAAAUGGUUCUAAUUUAAGUAUUGGUCAAAAACAAUUAAUAUGUUUAGCAAGAGCAAUAUUAAAAAAAAGUAAAAUUCUUGUUAUUGAUGAAGCAACAGCAAAUGUUGAUAAUGCUACGGAUGAAUUGAUACAACAAGUUAUUCGAAAUAAAUUCAAAGAAUGUACAGUAUUAACAAUAGCACAUCGUUUAAGGACUGUAAUUGAUAAUGAUCGAAUCAUGGUAAUAAAUAAUGGAGAAUUAGUUGAAUUGGAUACACCAUUUGCUUUAUUAUCAAAUUCAAAUAGUUAUUUUAGUUCAUUAGCAGAACAAGCCGGUCAAGCUGAAGCUGAAUAUCUUCGAACAUUAGUAAAUCGUAUGGAUAGAAAAAAAGAAUCAAUAAAACAAAAACAAAUUGAUAAUGAUGACGAUAAAUUAACAUCAGCAGUAAACGAAAAUGAUCCUCUCUUAGUAUAA